GUCAUUUCUGGAGAGACGCAGGCUAGCAGGUAGCUGCUACCCAGGAGCGAUGGCGUCUGCGGCGAUGGAUACCACGUAAAUAAACAACAACACACACGGUACGGUCGGUGUAUGUUCGUGUGUCAUUAGCGGUACAUUGUGGAAGCAGAAUUAAGAAAAAUAGAAGAGUGUUAUGGCGACCGGGAGCGGCGGCAGCAUCGGCGGCGGCUUGGCGUCAAACCAUGACGGUCAGGAGGCAGCAUCCAAUUCGGCUCAGUCUGGAGCCGCAGCAGCGAUCUCCAGCGUGCCAGCCUCCGGUCCUGCACCGUCAGCCUCCCCGCCUGUCCUCGGCCUUCACCGGGAACCAAUGUACAACUGGCAGGCGACGAAGAGCUCCCUGAAGGAGCGCUUCGCCUUCCUCUUCAACAACGAACUGCUCAGCGACGUCAGGUUCAUAGUGGGGAAAGGCAGGCAGGCCCAGAGGAUACCAGCCCAUAAAUUCGUCCUGGCCGCUGGCAGUGCCGUUUUUGAUGCUAUGUUCAACGGAGGAAUGGCCACCACUUCGGCUGAAAUAGAGCUGCCUGAUGUGGAGCCGGCUGCCUUUCUCGCCCUGCUCAGGUUCCUGUAUUCUGACGAGAUCCACAUUGGUCCAGAGACUGUGAUGACGACUCUGUAUACGGCUAAGAAGUAUGCUGUCCCUGCUCUGGAAGGUCACUGUGUGGAGUUCCUCACCAAGCACCUCAGAGCCGACAAUGCAUUCAUGCUGCUUACUCAGGCGAGGUUAUUUGAUGAGCCUCAACUUGCCAGUCUCUGCUUAGACACCAUAGAUAAAAGCACUGCAGACGCAAUAAACGCAGAGGGCUUCACAGAUAUUGACCUCGACACCUUAUGUGCAGUGCUAGAAAGAGACACGCUCAGCAUCAGGGAGAACCGUCUGUUUGGGGCGGUGGUACGCUGGGCAGAGGCCGAGUGUUACAGACAACAGCUUCCCCUGACCUCAGAGAACAAGCAGAAGGUUCUGGGGAAAGCCCUCCCGCUCAUCCGCUUUCCACUCAUGACUGUUGAGGAGUUUGCUGCAGGGCCUGCCCAGUCUGGAAUAUUGUUCGAUCGGGAGGUGGUAAAUCUGUUUUUACACUUUACAGUAAACCCCAAACCACGGGUCGACUACAUUGACAGGCCCCGCUGCUGUCUCAGGGGGGAGGAGUGCAGCAUUAAUAGAUUCCAGCAGGUUGAGAGUCGAUGGGGGUACAGUGGUACCAGCGACAGAAUCAGAUUCAAUGUCAACAAAAGAAUAUCCAUAGUGGGUUUUGGCUUGUAUGGUUCAAUACAUGGACCCACUGACUAUCAGGUCAACAUACAGAUCAUAGAGAGUGACAAACGCAUUACACUGGGCCAGAACGACACAGGCUUCAGCUGUGACGGCACAGCAAACACAUUCAGAGUGAUGUUCAAAGAGCCUGUGGAAAUCCUGCCCAAUGUCAGCUACACUGCAUGCGCCACCUUAAAGGGCUCAGACUCGCAUUAUGGCACAAAGGGGUUGAAGAAAGUGACCCAGGAAUCAGCAACGGGGACCAAGACGACGUUUUUGUUUUUCAGCUCACCUGGAAAUAACAAUGGUACAUCUGUGGAGGAUGGACAGAUCCCAGAGAUCAUCUACUACACCUAGACUUAACACAGUGUCAUGCAGGUACACUGAACCAGCAAGACCUCAGACUGCUGGGAAGACUGGAUUGCAAGAGAUAUACGUAGUGCCUCAUGAUCCCUUGGAAUCAAGAGAGUGUGUAUGUGUGUGUGUGUGUGUGUGUGCGUGUGCGUGCGCUGUAUGUGCAUAUCUGUCUAUACAAUAGGGGUGUACAGACAUGAUCAGGAAUGUGUAGACAGUCAGAGUUGUGGGAAAAUAACAGCUCUGGUGUGAGAAAACACUUUUUGAGCAUAAACUGUAUCAUCAGUUUUAAAUUAUCUGAAUUCUGAUGUUCUGUCUGUGUGUUGUUAUUAGUAAGCUGCCAGUGCAGGAGUUUAUCCUGCAUGAGUGAAACUACAGAGACAGCUACCAUUCGUUGUUUGAUGCCAUUUCAUUUUGUUAUGUUUGUCAGUUUUUGCCGAUGCAUUUAUCGAAAGUAUAAUAUUUGCAUAUUUUAUACUGUGCACUGUUAUCAUUUAUUGAGCAGGUGUUUCAAGUACUUUGUUUUUGCACUGGGUUAAGGAUCCAUGUGUGUUGUGUAACUUUGCCAGUGGUACAUGCUGUAUUUUCUGACUUCAUGUUUGCUUAGCACUUAAUAUGUACACAAAAAAUAAAACAAAAAAAAUCAAUGAAAAAAAAAA